UUUACAAGCAUUCAAAGGAGUUGGAUUGAUAUUUUCCUCAAGUUAAAAAAAAAGUACCUAACAAAUCAAGUGAUGGACGCCAGUCGUAAUAAGGAUCGCCAGACUGAGUAUCCGAGUGAUAGAGCAAUAGCAGAGGCGACCUACAAUUUGGCAUCCCAGUGUAUGGGAUAUUCCAGACUUCCAGGUGCAAUAAGGGCACUUUUUGAGCAUCACGAAAUAAACAACGUGGACGCAAUUGCAUGCCUCGGCGAAGAGGACAUUCCCAUGCUGGAAGAUACCCUGAAGGAACUUAAAAUCAUGGAUCGAGGGGAGCUAAUGACCGAACUUCCUUUAGGCUACAAAUUAAUCAUUAUCAAGACGGCAAAAGAUUUUAGAAAGAAUCGGAUAAAAUACAAUCAGAAGAUUCUACAACACCUAAUGUAUAAUGUAGAACUAGAUAUUUUUGAUUACAGCUAUUCAAGCGAUUCAAGCAAUUCAAGCACUUCAAGCAGGUAAUCAAGUGAUUAAAUACGAUGUAAAAUAUUCAUUUAAUGCCGAUUAAAGAAUUAUGUCGCAGAAAAACAA